AUGCUACCGCAUCAAUGCUACCGCAUCAAUGCCACCGCAUCAAUGCUACCGCAUCAAUGCCACCGCAUCAAUGCUACCGCAUCAAUGCCACCGCAUCAAUGCCACCGCAUCAAUGCCACCGCAUCAAUGCUACCGCAUCAAUGCUACCGCAUCAAUGCUACCGCAUCAAUGCCACCGCAUCAAUGCUACCGCAUCAAUGCUACCGCAUCAAUGCUACCGCAUCAAUGCUACCGCAUCAAUGCUACCGCAUCAAUGCUACCGCAUCAAUGCUACCGCAUCAAUGCUACCGCAUCAAUGCUACCGCAUCAAUGCUACCGCAUCAAUGCUACCGCAUCAAUGCUACCGCAUCAAUGCUACCGCAUCAAUGCUACCGCAUCAAUGCUACCGCAUCAAUGCUACCGCAUCAAUGCUACCGCAUCAAUGCUACCGCAUCAAUGCUACCGCAUCAAUGCUACCGCAUCAAUGCUACCGCAUCAAUGCUACCGCAUCAAUGCUACCGCAUCAAUGCUACCGCAUCAAUGCUACCGCAUCAAUGCUACCGCAUCAAUGCUACCGCAUCAAUGCUACCGCAUCAAUGCUACCGCAUCAAUGCUACCGCAUCAAUGCUACCGCAUCAAUGCUACCGCAUCAAUGCUACCGCAUCAAUGCUACCGCAUCAAUGCUACCGCAUCAAUGCUACCGCAUCAAUGCUACCGCAUCAAUGCUACCGCAUCAAUGCUACCGCAUCAAUGCUACCGCAUCAAUGCUACCGCAUCAAUGCUACCGCAUCAAUGCUACCGCAUCAAUGCUACCGCAUCAAUGCUACCGCAUCAAUGCUACCGCAUCAAUGCUACCGCAUCAAUGCUACCGCAUCAAUGCUACCGCAUCAAUGCUACCGCAUCAAUGCUACCGCAUCAAUGCUACCGCAUCAAUGCUACCGAAUCAAUGCUACCGAAUCAAUGCUACCGCAUCAAUGCUACCGCAUCAAAGCUACCGCAUCAGUACUACCAUCACGUGGUAGGCGCCCACGUCUUUAACUCGAACUACUUCACCCUAAUUGUUAUAGCCCUAGUGGCAAACUUACCGCCCGUAAUGAUAUUCACACUCGACGUACCGCCUGACGCAUUCUGUGAUUGGAAGGAAAUCCGCCUGCAGGAUCGUGAUAUGUCCUAA